UCUCUUUCUUCCCUCACAUAUCCGAGCUCGUCCCCUUCUUGCUGCUUGAACAUGUCCAAGCGGUCCUGGCGCGACAAUAUCCCCGACAUGGCAGCGGCUCUGAAAUGGGCUGAAGAGAUGUCCGCCAAGUCUGAGGCCUGCGAGAUAGAGCUGAGCCCACAGGCACGCAGAAAGGAAAGAAUGUUCAAGGAGCUUGCCGAGGCUCAGCGUGUCAUCUCUUCUGAGGAUUCCCAGAGGAUUUGGACACCCCCGGGCGAUGCCGAAAGACAGGAAAAGGCCACCUCAGCGAACGAGCAGCCCUUGCUUCAGGUCGCUCAUGUCACCGACCGUGUCAUGUAUAGAACUCAAGGCCAGAAUAUGCCAAAUGCGCCGGCAAAGCUAUCAAUUGGUGACUUCAGUGACACGAGCCUUAGCGUCCCGGAUGCAGAGCGUGGCAAGGUUGAUGAAUUCCCGACGAGCAGCGAACUAGAAGGCGUGCCCCUGCAUGUCACGGCGGCGCCGUACGUUCAACCGGUCGUGAACAUCGAUCAGCGUGAUACACGUCAACAAUGCGUAGAUUGCCGGAGCGAUCUGACGAGUGAAGCCGCAACAAAGGCAAAGUCAUUUACUUCUCAAAAGCUGCGGGAGCACCAGCACAUAUACCACACAAUUACCGUGCAGCUGGCGAGGUUCUGGAAGCAUGGAGAGACCUGGAGCGUGAUGAUGCCAGGUCGGUGGUCAGCAGGUGGUUGCCUGUUGUGUCGGGCGGAUGGGAAGCCGUACCGAAGGUAACGUUGAUCGAGAGGGGCCUCAUAUAUGCGUUGCACCUCACACCAUGGCUGGUCAUACUAUGGUACUCCCCGAGCGGCUUGCAUGCUCAUUUGUA